AUGCAUGAAAUAUCGGAACAUCAUGACAUCGUCAUCUUGGGUGCCGGCCUCUCGGGCAUCAACACGGCCCACGUGCUGCGAGAGAAACUCCCGCACCGCAAGGUGACGAUCCUCGAGGCCCGCAGCACGACGGGCGGCACCUGGAACUUCUUUCGAUACCCCGGCUUCCGCUCCGACUCGUACAUGUCGACCUUUGGCCUCCGCUGGUUCCCCUGGCCGCACGACAGCAAGAUGGCCUCGGGGCCCGAGAUCGCCGCCUACCUCGAGGACGCGGCCCGCGACGACGGCUGCCUCGACGAGAUACGCUUCCGCCACAAGGUCACGCGCUGCGAGUGGCGCGAUGAGGAUCAGUUCUGGACCUUGGACGUCGACGCCGACGGCGAGGAGAAGCGCUUCUCUGCUCGCUUCCUCUUCGCCUGCACCGGAUACUACUCGUACGAGAAGGCGCUCGAGGCCGACAUCCCCGGCAUCGAGCGCUUCCAAGGCACCGUCGCCCACCCGCAGUGGUGGCCAAAGGACCUCGACUACAGAAGCAAGCGAGUCGUCAUCAUCGGCUCCGGCGCCACCGCCUACACCAUGGUCCCCGCCAUGGCCGACGACGUGGCCAGCGUCACCAUGCUCCAGCGCAGCCCGUCCUACGCCGUCUCCGUCCCCACCACGUCGACCUUUGACCGUCUGCUACGCCUCCUCCUCCCCGCCUUCGCCGCCAACUGGUUCAUCUGGUGGAAGGACCUCGGCUUCGAGCUCUUGACCACCCAGCUCCUCCUUCGCUUCCCCAACCUCGGCCGCCGCGCCCUGACCACCCAGCUCAAGCAGGAGAUACCCAAGGACGUGGAUGCUGACGUCCACUUCAACCCGCGCUACAACCCCUUCCAGCAGCGACUCUGCAUGUGCCCCGACGGCGAUUUCUUCAAGGCCAUGCACCGGGACAACGUCGAGGUCGUCACCGACGUCGUCGACACCGUCACCGCCGACGGCAUCCUCCUCCAGUCCGGACGGAGGCUCGACGCCGACAUCAUCGUCACCGCCACGGGGCUCUACUUCCAGAUCCUCGACGGCAUGCAUCCCGUCGUCAACGGCGUGCCCGUCGAUCCCGGCGCCCAGUACACGUGGCGCGGCGGCAUGCUCGAGUCCCUACCAAACGCCGCCUUCAUCGUCGCCUACGUCACCCAGAGCUGGACCCCGGGCGCCGACGUCAUGGCCAAGAUGGUCGUCCGCGUCCUCCGAGCCAUGGAAUCCAAGCGCGCCACAAAGGUCGUUCCCGUCCUCGAGCGGUACAAGGGCAUGCCGCGCCGCAUCGCCGUCGACGCCAACAGCAACUACUUUCUCCGAGCCGCCGACAGAAUACCAAAGGUCACCGGCGAGGGCCCCUGGUAUGGCCGCACCCACUGGAUGCGUGAUAUCUGGGCCCUGUGGUUUGGGAGCAUGGAGGAUGGGCUGGUGUACAGCGGCGAGGCUAAGAAGAACACGUAG